CAACACAGCCAGAUCUGAGGACAUGCCUCAGUCACUCUUGCCGCACAGGUUUUAAGCGAGAGCACACAGGCACAGGCAGAAUUAAACAUCAAAGUGACAGAAAAGAUCAGCAGCAGUGGGAAAGUGGACAAGAGGCAGGAAGAAGUACAUGCAGUUGUGCAUUUAUUUAUUUAUUUUUCUGAAGAAAGUCUGACAGUGCAGAGGUGAGGCAGGAGCAAGAGGCUGCCAGGAGUGGGACUACCCAGCAGUGGGAGGUUCCUCCAGAGGGGGUGCAGAGAUCUUUUGGCUUCCACUGGGAGUCUGAGCCCCGGGAUCCAGAAACAUGGAGCCCUCCAUGUCAACCGAGGUCGAGGGCGAGCACAAGGAGAGGAAAAAGAUCCAGUUUGCUGUGCCGGCCUCCGCUCCCACCAACCUGGACCCUCGGCAAGUGGAGAUGAUCAGACGCAGGAGGCCCACACCUGCCACACUCUUCAGAGUAGCCGACCAAUCUCCUGAGGAUGACCAGUCCACUCAUCAGGUAAAGUGGGUCGUGGGGGAGAACGGCGUGCUUAAACCAAAACGUGUGAAUCAAAAUGUGUAUCAGCCUCCAUCGCUCAAAGCUGUGCAGAAGAUGGCUGAAGCCCAAAUGCAGAAACUAGGUGUCUAUCCUUUGGAAGACCCUUGUGAAGGGGACGAGGAUGAGGACCACUGGGAGGGAGAGGAGGGAGACGAGGCAUCUCCCGCCAAAGCUGCUGAUCAUCAAGACACAGCAACGACUGAACGGUUUUCCAGUGUGAAAGAGACGACCAAGGAAAAAGAAACACCACAGGAGGAAGAUGAAGAGGAGGAUGUAGAAAAGAAGGACAAGAUUGAGAACAGUCGGGGGUGUAACUGAGGGGAGAGUGGAGGACAUAUUUUAGAGAGACGAUUUGGGGAAAGAAUUGGGUGUUGUCAAAUGGUUUAAAAUCUGAAGAACUUGUAGGAAUGAAGAAGUGGUUAAAUUUGUGGAGGCUCACUUGUUGGUGAGAUGUGAGAAUGAUAGAAAAUCCCAUGUGCGUGUGAGUAAGUAAAGCUUUUGUACUAUUCGCCCUCUAAAGGGUCUGCUGGAUUCAAAGUGAAAAAUCUUAUGAGCAGGUGAGGAAUGAUCUACUGACAGAGCAUUGCGCUGACGCCACUUUGGCCCUACUGAUCUGUUUUUAUGAGCGUGAAUAGGCCAAGGUCAGUGUGACCAAAAGCUCUGCAAGUGGAAGUCCUCCCUUCACUGUUAAUGCUUCAGCUCAGAGCUAAACAUUAUUUUAUAGAGGCUAAAAGUUUGAACAGAUAAUACAAAUUCUUGGGUAUAAUUUAAGACUCAAAGUAGCUCUUUUAUGACCAUCUGUGAAAGCAUUUGGAGGUCUUUAAACAUGACGUGUUCUGCUUCAUUUAGAAAUCAAGGCUUGCAUUGUUCAAAUCAGCCCUUAAUGUGUGCUGCCAUCUUUUGGUGAACAAAAGCUUGACAGGGUUAUAAAGUCCAACCUGCAGCUCCCUUUUUUCUAAUUUACUUAUAAUCAAUGAUGUAUUGAUUUUGUCUCUUACAUUUAACUUUAGACCUUUCAUUGCUUUGCCUGUAAUUAUGUCUAUAUGAAAUAUUUCAAGGUUAUACUAAGUCCUCAUGAAAGAAAAGCAGGUUGCUUUUAUUAUUUUUUAGCGAAAUUCUUUAUUUUUAAUUAAACCAAAUCAUUCUCAAAAAUCUAAAGCAUGCUUUUAUCUAAAAGGUAUCGGUUCAAUGAGUAUAUGUGUUUUGUUUUCUUCAUUUCUUUCACUUUAUAGGAUUUGGCAUUUAAACUUAAAGGGCAAUUCUACCUCUAAUUUAAAAAAAAAUUAAAAAUAAACAUCUACUGCCUCCAUAUUUUAGUUAAAGUUAAAUUUCUUUUUGUUUAUUGAAAUAAAAUUAAGAUCUCAUACAGGUUUUUGUAUAUUAACUCUUUUAUAAUGUUAUAUUUUGGAUUGCUCCCACAUAAUUUUAUGCUGUAAGAGCUAUUUUUCUAGUCUGAAGUGGAGUUUCUGAGCUCGGCUGCCUGUUUUUAAGCAUGAGACAUGCAGCACCAGGUGCCUAAAAGUAGGCAUUGUGCUUAUUUUUUUUUUUUUUUUGUAAAUUAGUCAAAUGUGCUCUGUACACAAAUGUUACUUCAGCAUUUUACAAUAGAUAAAACCAUAUUUUAUUGAACUAAAUGUGAAAUAAAUAAAGUCACAAUCAGUCUAAUUCAAAUUCUUUUUAACCGGUGGUAGUAAAGGUUUCCAAAUGUUCCACAGGGUGAUUGCAUUGUGCUGUUUGUUCCCUCUGGGCUGCUGUUUGUACAUAAAACUGAAUCGUUUUUUUAACCUCUAACCAAACUGACUGGAUGAGCGGUAGGGUGUGUGUGCAGUUAUCUCUUUGCUUUCUGUGACCCUCCUACUUUUCUUGGCCCAACUUUAAAGAAAAGACAGAAGUAAAAACUUGUAUGAAUAUAUUUUUGCUUAUUUUCUCCUCAUUUCUCUUUUGUUUUCCACUCUUGUUUCAUAAUGUGAUGUGGUUGUCUUAAAGUGAGCAACUCUAUGGUAUCAAAAUAAAGACGUUUUUUUCUCAUACUUUACUUCA